CGGCAGAUGGAGUUUUGGCUCAUCACGGGCGAGGAGGGGUUCCAGAUCGGGGGAGGUUGCUUGUCCCAGAGCCAGCGGGACAAGCAGGUCCAUCGUAGGCGCCUUCGCGCAGCUGGCACGCAGGGCCCGCGCGUGCAUGAGGAUCUGCCACCGCAGGCCGCCAAGGCCCAAAACAAGGUGCUGCAGGCCAACCCGCGCGUCGUCAGCGCUGAGGAGGCAGCGAAGCAGGCGGCUCUGGAGCGCAUGGAGGCCCACGGUGCCCUGCGCGAGGCGGAGAAGGAGCUCGAGGAAGCCCGCCGCGAGGAGGCCUGGGCCGAGCUGGGCAAGCUGGCGGAGCUCGUCGGCAAGCUCAUCACAUCAGGUGCAGGAGGUGAUCAGCGUGAGCAGCAGGACGCAGAAGCCAUCAAGUCGUCGAUGGACAAGCUCAGGAGCUUCCAGGCGCAG